AUGUCAAAUCUGAAGAAGAAGAAGGAGAAGGAGGAGGAGAGGUGGUCGAAAGGACUUCCAGAAGAUAUCUUGCAAUUGAUACCACAACGGCUUUGCAUAUCAGAUUACAGAGUGUUUCGCCAAGUAUGCCCUAAUUGGCGAGCCGCUGUUGAUAGGGGUAUUGCCACCAAGACUUGCCCUCCUGCUCCUCAAUUCCCAUGGCUGUUGCACAAGUGUCUCUCUUCUCUAAAUGGCUUCUACAUCGAGCACCAAUAUUCCUUGGUAACGGAUCCACGGUUUUUCAGAUCAGCUUAUUCUUGUUCGACUUCCCCAGAUUGUGUUGGGUCAAUUGGGGCGUGGCUUAUCAUAGCUGCUAAGGAUCAAUAUCGCCACAAUAACAACAACAUCACUAUUAUCGACAACUUCUUGUUAAAUCCAGUAUCUUGGGCUCGAGUCAUGCUCCCAUCACAAUCCACCAUUAACCGGCCGGACAGCAGCCACACACUCUUCUUUAAGAAAGUUGUAGCCUCAUCACCGCCAACAAGCCUGAAACAGCAGCAGCAGGACUUGAUUGUGGCUGGCCUUGGGUGUGGAGUUUUGGCUGUUUGUAGGCCAACUGAUACAUCAUGGACCGUCAUUACGAUCAGAAAAGGGCUCCUAUUUAGAGAUAUAGAAAUCAUUGAUGGGAAAUUAUAUGCUGUAACAACUGUCAAUGAACUUAUGAUAUAUGACAUCCUCCCUGCACAUGUCGAUGUUUAUAGGGACGAAAGGUUGGUAGUGCUUUCCAAUGACCCGGUCCGUUUGGAAUGGGGAUGGGGAAGGGCAUGGGUCCCUUACCUAGUGAAAGAUUCUGCAUCCAAGGAGUUGUUUAUGAUUAUUCACAAGAUUUCAUUCAGCCAGAAGAAACGAGGAUUAUUCCGAGUGUUCAAGCGGGAGUUUGACACUGACGGUGGAGCACGGUGGGAGGAGGUUGUUGACCUUGGUGAUCGAAUAUUGUUUCUGAGCGGGGCAAGUAAUAAGUUCAUCCAUGACAAGACACUUGGAAAAAAUUGCAUCUAUUUUGCUUUCAAUGAUGAUGAUUUUGGGGUGCAUUCCUUGACCAAUAGGACCAUCAAACCUCUUGCUUUACCUGAGGGUUAUACAAAUAACAUACACUGUGCUAACAAUCGAACUCUUUGGUUCACACCUCAUCCGUGGUAG